CCGGGCCGGCGGCGGCGGCGGAGGAAGCGAUCGCGGGGAGGGGCGGGGGCGGAUUUCUGCCAUGGCAGCCCAACCCAUCCCAGUCUCGAAGCAGACCAGGGAGGUGGUGCGGGGCAUCCCAACGGAGGUAGUAUGCACGGCCUUUGGGGCCACGAUCCUGGUGGUGGUGACCCAGUAUGGGAAGAUGGGGACUCUUGUCUCCGUGGAGCCGGAUGCAGCACCUGAAGGGAUCAGCAGACCUUCGUGGACCACAAAAGUUCUCCUCGGCAAAGAUGAGCCUCUUGUCCACAUCUUCGCCAAGCAUCUGGUGACCUCGGUGUCUCAGGAAGCUGGGAACAAGGCCGUUCUCCUGGCGAUGGCUCUGAAGGACAGAAGCAUUGAGGCCAUCCAAACACUGCAGGGACUCAUUCGCCAAUGCCAAGUAUGGUGAAGAUGGGCCAGUGGAAUUGUUUGGAUGUCAGAUAGUUCCGGCUGAGGUUAAGUUUGGUUUGGGUGCAGACUUGGUUGGGUGCACACUGUUUGUUUUUCCUUUUAAUUACUCUCGUUUUGAACAUGGAUAAUGAACAUUUGUGGGUAAACUGUCACACAGAUCAGGUUUCGAUUCACGUUACAUAAGCGGGCUGUAUAUUCUGUGGCCCAAACAUUCACAAAUACCUGCUUUGAAACCUGGCUGUGACCAUUAAAAUAAGUCUGAUGUAGAACCUACAUGGGAAUUACCCCCAGCAAAUUUCAUGGCAGGUCUUCCUAAUUAAUUGGAUUCUUCCACUGAGAUCAACAGAACUUUCAAGGGCUAAACAUGAGCAGGAUUUUUCUCACAUGUAAUGUUUAAUCCCCACCCAUUUUUAUUUUUAUUUUUACAUUUCAGUUUUAUAGCACCUUGGAAGUAGUUCAGAUUGUGGAUGGUAUUCCAACAUCCUUCUACUAAGGGUUUUCUCCCCACCCUUUCUCAUUCUGAAAGCAACCUGAAUAAAUUCAGAAUAACUUUGCUGCCAUCUUCUGAAACUACAGUAUUUUAUUCUUGCUUGAGUUAAAAAUAAGGGAAUUGCAAUAUGUUUAGAGUAAUGUUGCUCUUUGUAGUUGACUCCUUAAAGGAAAUUAAAAAAUACCGUUUCCACCCUAACCUGUAGAUUAUCAUGUCUGUCCGGUUGUGAAUAUGGGAAAGUGGCGGAUGGACCAGAAAUGUUGCCUCCUGUUGCUGGUAGCUGAUACCGUCAAUAAA